CAAGUAGAUGUAGCCAGUCCUGGACGGACGGCCGCCAAUCCAGUAUCUCGCGAAUUGCUCGCUCGAUCUACGAUCGAUCGAUUAGAUCCGACGUGCGAGCAUACCUCGCCGGGGAGAAAACGAAUAAAAAAAAGGAAAGAGUGAUUUCUGGUCAGUGCUGAUUUGGGAUUACCCUAUCUCGCGAGGUUAAACAAAGAGCGGAGAAUAGCAGCGGGUGAAGGCAAGAAAACACACAUAUGGCGGCGACGAAGAAGAAGAUGAGAGAGAGAGAUGAGAUGAGAUUCCGGGCGCCGGGAGUUGGCUGGACUAUUGCCAUCCACGUAAUAUCAGACAUCGUGAUUAAAUUUACACGAAAUUAGGUUUUAUAUUUCUACACGUGUCGCCUCGAUAUAUGAACGGCAUAGUCUGUCAAAGCUGAGAGAGACACCAGCUCAACAUUGUAAAAUUUCGUGAGGCAGGGCCUAAGAGGAACGCAAUGUCAGCAGCUGUGAAAGAACGAACGACUACGCACACCACCAGGAAAAUUGUGAGUCAUGGCGGUCCUAUAUCUGGCCAGAGAGACGGAGCAGCUACCGCCAGCAGCCUCGAAAACAACUUGGAUGCACUUCUGGAGGACUUGCAGACGAGUGUCUCGAGAAGUGCUACUCCCAGCCGGGGCGGCAAAUCACUCUCGCCCCAAGUUAUAGAAUAUCGGGUGGCCGCCAACCCCACCAAAGUAGUCUCCGAGGGCAGACCCAUCUCUCCGACUCGUACGAGAAUGACCACUACUGAAAAGUUCGUCAGCACCGGUCCGAGUGGUACGUCGAGCGGUAUACCGGGACUAGAACUUCUGGAUGCAGAGCUGCAAAAUGUCCAACCCGGUCAAAGCAAGACGAUUGCGUAUAAGCAGGUCUCAUAUCAGUACAAUACGAACUUAGACGGUAAGCCAGAUUCGUGGGUUACAUCAGAAAACAAACUGCCGCUCACUGGCGCGCCCUUGAUCGACGACGUUCAUGAGACCACUUACGAGGAGAGCCAAACUCCGACGACGUAUCAGAGCCCGGAGCCGAUUAUUAAGAAAUCGGUGGUCAAUAGAGAACUGGUCUACGGCGACAGCUCGACAUCUCGUACGAAGCAAACCUCCCCCCUGUCGGGAGCCCAGAGGGACGUCAAGUACAUUCACGAAACCAGUUACCAAACGGAGCCGCGACCGGUCCAAAGCAGCACCGUGACUACGGUGCACGCGAACGCACCGCAGGAAUACAAAACCAUCGAGUACGUCCCGUCGCCGACUCCGACGAUACCGAUCAAUCUAGCGCCCGGCCCAAAUACAAAAGUGACCACCACGAUCAAGACGUACACCUACGAGCUGCCGGGAGCGCCGGAGACGUAUCUACCCGGUGGCAGUGUGCCAGGAAGCGUUGUGCUUCCCGGCGAGAAAACAAUUACGUACACCCUACCGAGAAGCAGCAACAUCGCGGACAAGACCGUCACCUACCAGACCAUGACGGAGAAUGCACCGGGCCCACCCGCCGUACCGAUCAGAUAUAGCAGCCCGUCUCCGACCACCGAUGUCACGAAAAAGUCUACCACCAUUCACAAGGAGGCCAAGUUCUAUCACGAGGAGCAUGGAGCGUUGCCGUACGACGAGCCGCAGCCUCCCUACACCACCUAUCGCGCUGGUCCGUCACCAACGAACGUGGAAAGCAAAACCACCGUAACCAAGAAGUACUACCAGGUCGAUGGCAAUUAUCCCAAUGGGCACGGGCCGGCCGAUCGUCCGGAUUACCCCGGUGGAAGUACGACAGUCAUAUAUCAAAACCAACCGCCUACCGUGAUGGAAACGCACACCAGGACGGUCAAUCGAUUCGAAGAGUACGGACCAGACAGGCCGUCCAGUGACCAUCACCCACCAAUCGACAAACCAUCGGACACCACGACGAGGACCGUGACUACUUAUUACCCGCAGCAGUCGACGCAGCCCGGCACUACGGUCUACAAGUUCUCGAAUACGACGACGACGAUACCGCCGAAGAAGAACGCGGACGACCACGAGGUCCUUCUGCCGAAACCGUUCCCGACUGGUGUUCAAGUGAGCCCCACUAAACCGAUCACCAAUGGCGAAGGACCGCCGAAGAAGCUCGAAGACCUCAUGGCUUCAUUCUCCGAUUCCGAGCGAGAAGUAUUGGAGGAUAUUGAAAAGCAGGAGCGUCAGAAGAAGAAGGAAUCGUCGGCUGUGAAGAAAGAAGUUGAUUUUGUCCCGCAUACACCGCCGAAAGUGAAAAGCAAGAAUGUCGCCGGGCCGCCGGUUUAUUAUCCUCCCGGCUCAGCGGAAUUCACCAAGAAGGAAGAAUCUAGCGCAGCCAUGUCACAAUCUGGCGGUGAGUGGCAGAAAGCAAGUGGAAAAUAUGAAUACGAAGCUUCCAGCAAGAGCAAAAGCAAAAGCAGCAAGGGAGGCGCUGUCGUGCCUGUUUGCCUACCGUUGUGCUGCGCAUUACCAUGUGUUAUUAUGUAACUACUUGUUGCAUUAACAUAUCGAUACGUUAACUGCCAAGACAUAAAUUGGCUGACAACGUCAAUAGGUUACGUGUAUCACCGAAGCCAGAAUAGUGGUUUUUUCAAAGGCCAUUAUGUACCGGUCAACAAAAGUCUGGAUCCACAGUUAUUGUAUAGAAACUACCAGAGAAAGAGAGAGAGAGAGAGAUUUGUAUUGACAGCGCUACUUUAUAUUUACAAGUAUGGCCGAGCGUAAAAGAAUUAUUAUUUGUAUGAGGAACAAAAGCGUUUGAGUACCGCCCGUGGUAUAAGUGACAACGUGUUAAUGUAAGCAUAUAACGUGGUAUAAACAUUUUACACUACAUUAUAAAUGAAGAAAGGAAUAUAAGAGUGUAUAAAUUGAAAGAAUCACAGAGGAAAGCUGAUGUUAAAAUAUUUAACUGUUACAUACUAUUGCACACUUAAAAUUUUUCCCGUGUCAACACGAGAUCUGACUUUUUACAUAUUCUGAGAUAUCAUGUGCUUUCUUCUCUUUCUCUCCUUCCACGGCCGGAGCAUGCAUCUAUUGACAACAAAUAGCGUAAUUGAAGAAGAGACAUAUGCAUGCAUGUUAAUAUUUAACACGCGAUGAGCUAUUUAUAAAAGUAAACAAGUAAUCAAAACAAAUUGUGCUACGUCCUAAAAAGGAAUCUCGUUCGAUAUGCUAUCAACUUUAUUUUAACGUAUUUAUACAUAUGAUGAAAAUAUCUUAACAUUAUAUUUAUUUUCUUUCUGUUAUAAGAAAAUAUAAUAAAAAUGACAAAUUAUUAAUUUUAGAUUUUUUAAACAUGCUACAAUGUGGCAUUUGUUAUAACAAGAUAUUACAAGAUAGACAUGGUGCCUUUUGUAAAUUCUUUAAGUAUAUUAUAUUGCUGUAUACCCUAUGGUUUAAACCAACAAGAUAAGUCAUUUAAUUAAUAACAUGGCCAUAGAAUAUGUUAACUGAUUAAAAAUUUUUAUUAACAAACCGUAUAUUUUUGUAUCUUCAUUUAUAUCGCUUGCUACGAUAUGUUGUGAAUUGUAGAUCAUAUAACAUUAGUAAAUUGCUACUUAAAUUGUUAAGGUAACAUUUACAUUUCCGAAAAUAGUAAAGAAUCUUUACAGUUUACAAAAUAAAUAAUAUUAUUAUUGUCAUUCUAUAAAAGAUACAAAGAAUCUUAAAUUAUCCCAUAAAUUAAGGGCUAUUUACAAGAAUAUUCGUUAAAAGUGCAUGAGUGUAAAAAUACAUGGCAUUAGAUAUUGUAACAAAAGUAGGAUAAAUUUUUAAUUACAUUAUACUACCGUGAAUUAUGGUGCUAUAAUAAUUUUAGAGUAUAAAUAAGAGUAUAAAUGGAAAAUAUAUCACUGCGACCAUGCAUAUUACAUAUAGGAUACAAGUAUUAUUUGUAAUUAUGUGUAAAAAAUAUAGUGCCAUGUUGUGACAUGUAAUAUUAUGUGUGUAUUAAUAUAUGAUAACAUAAUAGGUUGUACUUAAUACUAAUAAAUUUGCCAAUAUUUCUAAACAA